AUGCUGGGGGUUAGAAUACCUGUCCAUUUUCUGUUAGAGGGGUGUCCGCAAACUAGCGAGAACCGUUUCUUGGCGGGCAUGGGCCUCGAAUCGCGCCGUUCAUGUGGACGAGGCCGCAGCUGUCCCGUGCCCUUGUUUGCAGUUGAUGGCGAGGGUAGGGGGAGGGAUGCGGAAGUGGUGCCGCUUGUCUGGCAGCGGCCAGAGGGCAGCAGCCGAGGUUGGAGGAUUUUUGUGUCGCGAGUUGAGCAGCCGCAGAGCGGGUGUUGGAGAGAUGGGCGGGGGUGCGUGUUCCAGAUGUUCAUGACAUGA